AUGGCUUCAUUAUGCAAAACCUAUAUCGUUUUCCUCCUCGUAUGGCCUCAAUUGUUUUCAUUUUGCGUAUUUGCCGCCCGAGGGGCCGGUGGUCGUGGCAAUCAUGGUGGAGGAGGAGGAGCCGAUUACACAAAGCCAGAGAUUGUAACCAACUUUAAAGGAGCAUGGGUGGUGGAUAAUCCAAAUGCAGGUGUGGCUGCCAUGCAACUACAAUUGAUGCCUAAUGAUAAAGUCGUUUGGUUUGAUACAACCUCACUUGGCCCUUCUGCUCGAAAGUUAGACCCCCCGGGAAAUUGUCCUCGUAACCCGGAUCUCAAAAACCAGCCCGAUUGCUUUGCACAUGCUAUCGCCUACGACUGGAAAACCUCAAAAAGUAGAACCAUUGUGCUAUCAGGUGAACCAUGGUGCUCUUCAGGGAACUUGUGGCCUAAUGGUAACCUUGUGGCUACAGGAGGUACCUUUAGUGGUGUCAAAGCUAUUAGAAUGCUUCCUAAAGAUGACCCGAAUGCAAAUUUUAUUGAAAGAAAAGAUGCUCUUGGUGACUUCAGAUGGUAUGCAUCUAAUCAAGUUUUAGAAGAUGGAAGUGCAAUAUUGGUUGGAGGUCGGGAAGCCUUCAGCAUUGAAAUUGUCCCACCAUCACUUGACUUCAAACCGAGACGAAUUGACUUCCCUUUCCUCAAAGAAACGUGUACACCUCCAAAGGGACCAAACCGAUUCAUCGAGAACAACCUGUACCCGUUCGUUUACCUACUUCCAGACGGCAAUGUGUUCCUUUUUGCCAACGACCGGGCUGUCAACUUAGAUCCAAAAUCAGGAAGGAUUCUUAAAAAACAUUCUGUGUUGCGUGGUGGCUCUCGAAACUACCCUGCUUCCGGAAUGUCUGCUCUGUUUCCACUCAAGCUUUCUGAUGACAACACACAUCCGCUUAAUGUGGAAGUUGUUGUUUGUGGUGGUAACAAGCCUGAUGCAUUUGAAAAAGUUGAUGCAAAACAUGUCAAAGAGAAAAUAUACGUACCUGCAUUACAGGAUUGCCAUAGAAUCCAUCCAAUGAAGGACGGUGCUAAUUGGGCGAACGAACAAGUAAUGCCAACACCGAGGGUCAUGGGCGACCUUUUACACCUCCCGACUGGAGAUCUUAUCAUGAUUAAUGGCGCGAAAAAAGGUACUGCUGCUUGGGAGGAUGCGAUCGAGCCUAAUUUUGUACCAAUCAUAUAUAGUCCAAAUAAACCAAGGGGUCAAAGGUUUAAGGAAAUGGCUCCUACAACUAUUGCUAGAAUGUAUCAUUCUACUGCAGCAUUGUUACCGGACACUAGGAUUUUGGUUGCUGGUAGUAACCCACACGAGUUCUACACUUUCAAUAUCCCACUCCCAACCGAAUUGAGAGUCGAGAAAUUCUCUCCUCAUUACCUAGAUCCUGCCCUUGAUAAGGAUAGGCUCGAGAUAUGUGACCCUCGGACCGAUAAGGUUUUGAAGUAUGGUGCACCAUUUAAGAUUGCUGUUACAUUCAAGUCUAACAUAAAGUUAUUGCUUGGUGAGGCUAAGGUAACUUUGGUUUACCCACCUUUCACCACUCAUGGAUUCUCCCAAAAUCAAAGACUGAUCGUUCCCAAGAUAAAGGGGAUCGAUAAUAAUGUGAUCAGCGCUCUUGCACCACCGUCUGGAAAGAUUGCGCCUCCGGGUUACUAUAUGAUGUUUGUGAAUCGCCUUGGCGUUCCCGGACAUGGUAUUUGGGUACAUAUUGAUUAGUGUUGCAACCAUAUCAACUUGUGUGUUGAGCUUGUAUAUCGGUUUGUUAAUUAGGUUUUUAGCUUAAUGAUUAGA